AUGUUAGAGUCAUCUAGUGUUAAGGAUCGCAUGAACGCGUUAGACAACUAUGUUUCAAAUUUAAAAGAAGGUUGGGCACUUCCAAGAGAGCGUAAAACUGUUCGGUUCACUUCAAAACAGAUAGAUUUUCUAACUCAGAAAUUUGACGAAGGCUUGAAAACCUCUACACGCUGGAAGCCGGAAGUUGUGGUUGAUAUGAUGCAUAACUUUAAAGUGGACGGAAAGUUUGCCUUUUCGGUGUCUGAGUUUUUGAGUGCCGCUCAGAUAAGAUCGGUUUUCUCAAGAGAAAAAUCCAAGCGAGCCAAAGUAGGAGUCAAAGUGCAGAAGACUGCCGAUGAGGAAGAGCAAGACGACGAAGAAAGUUUUCGAGACGGCCAGGCUUUAGAAGAAGUUCUUGUUCGCAGUGCAAUGCACGAAAAAUGUGAGAAAAUAUUUGAUGAAGGCGACGAGGAGGAAGCACAGCCACUGAAACGCGGAGUAAAACACCAUUCAUCUAAUCAGGAUUUACCCGACAAAAAACGUUCUUCAUUGAGAAAGAAAAAACCUUAA